CCCGCCUAGGUCCGGGGGUGCGGUCGUGCAAUAGGAAGCCGAGGGCGUUGCAAGCUUUCCUUCGGGCACCAGCUACCUGGCCCCACGUCGGGUGCAUUUAGCAGACACCCCCGGAGCCCCCACCCGUGGCCCCUGGAACUCCCUUCCCGCGUCCGCCAUGCCUCUAAACCGCACUUUGUCCAUGUCCUCCCUGCCAGGACUGGAAGAUUGGGAGGAUGAAUUCAAUCUGGAGAAUACAGUGCUCUUCGAAGUGGCCUGGGAGGUGGCCAACAAAGUGGGCGGCAUCUACACGGUGCUGCAGACGAAGGCGAAGGUGACAGGAGAUGAGUGGGGCGACAACUACUACCUGGUGGGACCGUACACGGAGCAGGGAGUGAGGACCCAGGUGGAACUGCUCGAGCCCCCAACCCCAGCUCUGAAGAGGACGCUGGACUCCAUGAACAGCAAGGGCUGCAAGGUGUAUUUCGGACGCUGGCUGAUCGAAGGGGGCCCCCUGGUGGUACUCCUGGAUAUAGGCGCCUCAGCCUGGGCCCUGGAGCGCUGGAAGGGGGAGCUCUGGGACACCUGCAACAUCGGGGUGCCCUGGUACGACCGCGAAGCCAACGACGCUGUCCUUUUUGGCUUCCUCACCACUUGGUUCCUGGGUGAGUUCCUGGCCCAGAGUGAGGAGAAGCCACACGUGGUUGCGCACUUCCACGAAUGGUUGGCCGGCGUGGGGCUCUGCCUGUGCCGUGCCCGGCGGCUGCCUGUGGCCACGAUCUUCACCACGCACGCCACGCUGCUGGGGCGAUACCUGUGUGCAGGUGCCGUGGACUUCUACAACAACCUGGAGAACUUCAAUGUGGACAAGGAGGCAGGUGAGAGGCAAAUCUAUCACCGCUACUGCAUGGAGCGGGCAGCAGCCCACUGCGCUCAUGUCUUCACUACUGUGUCCCAGAUCACUGCCAUUGAGGCUCAGCACCUACUCAAGAGGAAACCAGAUAUCGUGACGCCCAAUGGACUGAAUGUGAAGAAGUUCUCUGCCAUGCAUGAGUUCCAGAACCUCCAUGCUCAGAGCAAGGCCCGAAUCCAGGAGUUUGUGCGGGGCCAUUUUUAUGGGCACCUGGACUUCAACUUGGACAAGACUUUGUACUUCUUUAUUGCCGGCCGCUACGAGUUCUCCAACAAGGGGGCCGACGUCUUCCUAGAGGCCUUGGCCCGGCUCAACUAUCUGCUCAGAGUCAACAGCAGUGAGCAGACGGUGGUUGCCUUCUUCAUCAUGCCAGCUCGGACCAACAAUUUCAAUGUGGAAACCCUCAAAGGCCAAGCCGUGCGCAAGCAGCUUUGGGAUACGGCCAACACAGUGAAGGAGAAGUUUGGAAGGAAGCUUUAUGAAUCCUUGUUGGUGGGGAGCCUUCCGGACAUGAACAAGAUGCUGGACAAGGAGGACUUCACUAUGAUGAAGAGAGCCAUCUUUGCCACGCAGCGGCAGUCUUUCCCUCCCGUGUGCACCCACAAUAUGCUGGAUGACUCCUCAGACCCUAUCCUGACCACCAUCCGCCGAAUUGGCCUCUUCAAUAGCAGUGCUGACAGGGUCAAGAUUAUUUUCCACCCGGAGUUCCUCUCCUCCACGAGUCCCCUGCUGCCUGUGGACUAUGAGGAGUUUGUCCGUGGCUGCCACCUUGGGGUCUUUCCCUCCUACUAUGAGCCUUGGGGCUACACACCAGCUGAGUGCACGGUUAUGGGCAUCCCCAGUAUUUCCACCAACCUCUCGGGCUUCGGCUGCUUCAUGGAGGAACACAUCGCAGAUCCCUCAGCAUAUGGUAUCUACAUUCUGGACCGGCGGUUCCGCAGCCUGGACGAUUCCUGCUCGCAGCUCACCUCCUUCCUCUACAGCUUCUGCCAGCAGAGCCGGCGUCAGCGCAUCAUCCAGCGGAACCGCACCGAGCGCCUCUCCGAUCUUCUGGACUGGAAAUACUUAGGCCGGUACUAUAUGUCUGCGCGCCACAUGGCACUGGCCAAGGCCUUUCCAGAACACUUCACCUACGAGCCGCAUGAGACUGACACGACCCAGGGCUACCGCUACCCACGGCCGGCCUCGGUGCCGCCGUCACCCUCGCUGUCUCGACACUCGAGCCCGCACCUGAGUGAGGACGAGGAGGAGGAUCCCCAGGACCAUACGCCUAAUGAAGAAGGCGAGCGUUACGACGAGGAAAAGGAGGCCGCCAAGGACCGGCGCAACAUCCGUGCCCCCGAGUGGCCGCGCCGCGCCUCCUACACCUCUUCGGGCGGGAGCAAGCGCAGCUCCCUGGACACAGCGCCCUCUAGCUCGGUCAGCACCCCCAGCGAGCCCCUCAGCCCCGCCAGCUCCCUGGGCGAAGAGCGCAACUAAGACCCCGCCCUACACUCCCCGCCCGCC